GACCCUCAAAAUGAUUUCAAAAAUCGUAGUUGACUUUUUAGACUAUGUAAAACUUCUCUUUUUUUAAUUUUUGUUUUGAUUCUUCCUUCUAUUUCCAUCCCUUGCUCCUCCUCUGAAACCAGUUCUCUCAAAACACAUGUCCCCAGCCCCAGCCGGAAAAAGCAUGCGGUCUUGACUACUUCACCAUGGUGCCCUUGACCCAUAUGCACAUGCAGGGGCCAUUGGCAACAUUCUUGUGCCACUUUGGUUGGCCUGUCACCUUCCUGCCCUCUCCAUUCCUCCCAAGGCCCACUUGCUGAUGCUGCAGCAAAGUCCACUCUAAAAUAUAGCCAAUUCUGUGCUCUACGUGUGCCGGUCUUCCCCUGCCCUUGUUCCUUGUAAAGAUGAUGGAUAAUGUUAGCCAGGGCAACGUAGUUAAAGGACAACCAGGAGAAUGCUGAAUGGUUACAGUCCACGUGGCACAUAUAAUGUCUUUCUGAUGAACAUUAAUGGGUUACAGUGUACUUUGGGGAAAGUACAUUACAAGGACUUUGCGAGAGAACAUUAUGACCGGACCCUGUAAUUCCUGCUUAUACUCACGAGAACUGAAUGUUCGCACAUGCUGGCUUUUACAUCGCCUUGCUCAUAUUAAAUAGGAAAAUGGAUGGGAAACAAAUGGCAGAACUUGGGAAAAUUUUUCUUCCUUUAAAAAAAAAAAAGGCAGAUGGUGUUUUGAACACAACUUAUCAGAGAACAUGAACGCAUAAGAGUCCUGGCUGUUUGAAGGGGGGAGAAAUAAGUUGGUUCUUUUUUAGUGGUAACAAAUAGCUAUAGGUUCCUCUCAGGAGCACAAAGAAAAAAGCCACUGAGAAAUGGGAGUGAACUGCAAGAUAGGGUUUCUGUAACAAGUACCUCAAACCACAGAAGUCACAUGGGCUCUUUCUGCUUUGCUACUUCUGAUUACUUGUCAGAGGCUUAUACUUUUAGCUUCCCCCAUCCUGCAAGGCCAUUCAACCAUGUGCCAGCUGGAGUGAUCUUUGUGCACAAUGUCUUUACCAAGGCUCAUGCACCAGAGCAGCAAUGGCAAUUUGGUGGACGGCUGUGCUGGCCCAGCAUGCGGCUCAUGCUCCCUACUCACAGGCAGCUUUUCCAUGGAUGAUAAUAGACGGAUUCAAAUGCUGGCCGACACUGUGGCCACUUUGCCUCGGGGACGAAAGCAGCUUGCUUUGACGAGAUCAAGUUCUUUGGGUGAUUUUGCCUGGUCUCAAAGAAAGCUUGUGACUGUGGAGAAGCAGGAUAAUGGAACGUUUGGAUUUGAAAUUCAGACUCACAGGCUCCAGAACCAGAACACCUGCAUCUCAGAGCUGUGCACUCUGAUCUGCAAAAUCCAGGAGGACAGCCCAGCGCACUGUGCUGGCCUGCAAGCCGGUGAUAUCCUUGCAAAUAUCAAUGGCGUGGGCACAGAAGGCUUUACCCACAAGCAAGUUGUUGACCUGAUCAGAUCGUCAGGAAACCUGCUAACGAUAGAGACUCUUAAUGGAACAGCAAUUCUCAAGAGAGCCGAGCUUGAAGCAAAGCUGCAAGUUUUAAAGCAAACCUUGAAGAAGAAAUGGGUGGAGCUCAGAACUCUGCAGUUACAGGAACAGCGCCUGCUUCAUGGUGAUGCAGCUAACUGCCCAAGUUUGGAAAACAUGGACAUAGAUGAAUCCAUUUUGUUUGGAACCCUGUCCGCGGCAGGUUCAGCUCUCCCGGACCGGAAUCGAUUAUCCAGUGAGAGCAGCUGUAAGAGCUGGCUGAGCUCCAUGACAAUGGACAGCGAGGACGGCUACCAGACAUGUGUGUCUGAGGACUCGAGCAAGGGAGCCUUCAGCAGGCAGACGAGCACCGAUGAUGAGUGCUUUGUCCUCAAGGAUGGGGACGAUUUUCUGAAGAAGUCAUCUUCCAGGAACCGGAGCAUCAGCACUGCCAGCAGUGGGUCCAUGUCUCCCAUGUGGGAGAGCAACUUCUCAAGCAUGUUUGGGACUCUGCCCCGGAAAAGCAGAAGGGGGAGCGUCCGGAAACAACUCUUGAAAUUCAUCCCUGGCCUUCACCGCCCUGUGGAAGAGGAAGAGAGUCGCUUCUGAGGGGUUGCGAUGCCCCUUCCUAUGAGCUUAUUUCAUAAAUACCUUCUGGACCUGCUUAGAUCAACUCCACCCAGCUUAGUGGGAAAGUGCAAAUGAAUUGCAAAACUGACAUCCCAUUUUAGGCAAUAGUGACCUUUAUUUAAAGUUUUUAUAUCGUGUUUUUUUUUUCUGCAUCUUAAUGUUUUAACUAGAACAGCUGAAGUUCUAAGCAGACAGCAAAGAAAUAAAGUUGUAAGUUAGAUAAUAUAACAAAUGAACACAAAUGCUUGCUCAUGCUAAUGCUGCCUGUGAAGGCAAGAGUAAUAUUUAUUUUAUAGAUUAUCCAUGUGAAAAAUUGAGAACUUUGGAGUCCAGUGUAAAUAAGAAAGUGACAAUAUAAUUAUUUGGAAUACCUUCUGUAGGCAAAUAAGUAGGUAUCAAAACUUUAUGUUAACUUAAGCUCAGUAACCUCUGGGGAGGCUUAAAAAUAGGCAAUUUUGAAUGUUUCUAUUGAAAUCUCUGAAGGAUUAUAAACAAAGAUGACCAUCAGCCAUUUUUCACAUCUACAGUGACAGUAAAGCAGGAAAUGUAAGAUUUAAUAUGAGGGUUCAAGCUUCAUGAGAUCCAUGGAAAGAUAUUGUCUAAGGUGGGUACUGAGGAAGAUUAUAAUAAGUUUGGUUGUUUUUUGUUUUUUUAUAGGCAGCCUAAACAAAAUGGGUGGAAAUGUUAUUCUUACUUGAUUCAUUUUUUAUUCUAUCUAAAUAUUGAACUGGCAAGAUUUUAUAGCUUUGUAAUUUUUUUAAAACAAAUCUAAAAUGUGAAAAACUAGAUUCAGGAAAAGGAUUUUCCUCCUGUAGAUUUUUUCCAUAUCACUCCUUACAUUAUGUUAUAUAUUUUAAAUAGUUAUUGCCUUGGCACUCUUGAGCCUAUUAGUUAUGCUAGUAUCAUAUUAUGUCUAGCCAUUCAAUCGCUUUUUUUUCAAUGCCUAUUAAAGUCCAUAAUUUUUCUGUUCUGGUGAUACAGCUGCUCACUGCCUCUAUUCUAAAGUAAAUAACCCUGACAAUAUAAUAAAUAGUCCUUACUGAUUUGUGUGUGUGUGUGUGUGUGUGUGUGUGUGUGUGUGUGUGUGUGUGUGUGGGCGAGAAGAGAUACAUCUCGCUUUCAGCUGAUGGCGGAGGCGCCCCUCCUGGCGUUAUCUGCUCUGUGUGUCCAGG